UGCUGCCCUCUCACUGCUGCCCGCCCUGCGUCUCGAUGGGCUUGGGCCCAGCUGCAUUCUUCUUUGCGGAACCCGCAAUGACGAGAGUUCCGCCUUCCCCGCUUCUGCCUUAUCAAGCUGCCACCGACUAUUGUUCCUCGUCGUCCGAACUCUUCACUUAGACUUUUCCCAAGUCAAACCAUUAUAUAUUGUGGAUAUCAUCGAAGUGCUUUUCUAAUAGCAAACACUCCAACACAAUUCAAGACGGACGGCUCAACAUGGAUGCUCGUGAAGAUAGUCAUGCUGGUUCAUGGUACUCCGACGAUAAAUCCACCUUGUCCUAUCAACUUGACCACUGGUUGCAAGAGGUACCGGAUGAGAUCGAGGGCAUCGGCCAACUACCAGUGCCUGGUGCACGAAUGAUCAUUGCGCCGCACGCAGGCUAUGCAUACUCCGGACGAUGUGCCGCUUUCGCCUAUAAGGCCCUGGACCUGUCACAAGCCAAACGAAUUUUCGUUGUCGGACCAUCGCAUCACCAUUACUUCACGACGCUUGCGCUUCCUGAGUUCACUUCGUACCAUACCCCGCUCUCCGACGACCCUCUACCGCUUGAUACCGAGUUCAUUGCCAAGCUACGUUCAACCAGAGCAGGGUCACGAAAUGGGCUAGAAUUGCAAUUUACCACUAUGUCUCGCUCCGUGGACGAAGCUGAACACAGUAUCGAACUGCAUUUACCUUAUAUCCACCGUCUCCUACAACGCCAGCGUCCGAAUCAGCCAACAUCUGAAUAUCCGCCACUGGUCCCUAUCUUGGUGGGUGCUGUUACUGAGUCGACCGAGAAGGCUUUCGGAGCUUUGCUUGCUCCGUAUAUUGAUGAUCCAGAGAAUGCUUUUGUCAUCAGCUCCGAUUUCUGUCAUUGGGGGCAGCGGUUCCGUUACACGUACUACACCCCCCAGGCUCCUAACCCUGGGCCCAGCAUUCCCGUUUCCGCUCCAGGCCUCCCUCAACCCGGUAUUGAUGGCGAUAAUGUAACCGAUCAAAUGGAAAUGGUGUCUACCGGUCGCUCCUUGAAGUCGCGGGACCGGAUUAGGAGCCGAGAACCACCUAUUCACGAGAGUAUCUCGGCAGUCGACCUUGCGACCAUGGCAGCAAUUACCACCGGAGAGUACGCGCGCUUCUCGACGAUACUCAAGAAUACAGGGAACACUGUGUGUGGCCGUCACCCCAUCGGCGUGAUAAUGGCUGGUAUCGAAGAGAUUAGAAAGAAUGAAGGGGAAAAGGGCAGGUUUCACUUCAUCCGAUAUGACCGCAGUUCAAAUGUGAUAGAGGUGGACGAUAGCUCUGUGAGCUAUGUUUCUGCCUUUACCGUGCUCUAGGUUAGCACAUGCCCACUGCUAAAUGAGAACCCAGAGGAAUUGUCAUCUGUAUCCAAUCCUUGCUAGGGACUGUGAAUAGCCGCGUGCCCUUAAGGCUCUCUAGUAUGGUGUAGGAAUUACUAUACAACUACUGCCAUUAGAUAUGUCUUUCGGGUAUCCUCGCCUUCACCCUCCGCAUGAAAGCGGCCUGCUCAUCACCUUGGCAGCAUUUCCCGACCAAGGAAUGGAAUCCUUGGGAGGUUGAGAUCACCCGUCCUGCUCCCACGAAAGGGUAGCAUAGAGGUAGC